AUGACCGCGUUGCAUAGUGUGACCAAAACACCCGCGAUCAAGGAAGAGGAGGAGGAUGGUGAGGAGCGAAACGGCGGAGGAGUCCCCCUGGGGCCCAGGAACGAUGACUAUCAUGGAAGAGAUGGGGGUGGUGGAAGCGGUGCUGACACUGUGACGUCUCCUAUCACGUUUGAAAAGCAGAAAGUGGUCCCCAGGGCAUCGAUGCACUCCGAGCAGAGUAUUCUAAGCAGCAUUUCACUGAAGUCGAUGGUUAAUCAACAUCGGCAGCAGCAGUUGCAGCAGGAGGGUUCCACGGGAACUGGAACUGCGCAGUCGCACCCCCAUUCUGGGUUUGUUGACAGGAAGCAACAGAUUCAAUCGCCGGCGAUGGUGUCGAUCUUAAGGAAAAGCUCUGCGGAGGAAAACGCUCGCAGCUGCUACAGCAGUAAGACCGGUGAUGGGCUGACGGAUACUAGGAAGCCUUCCACUGGCAAGGAGAUUGGUAGGAUGUUGCCCUUCACGGAUGAUCAAAAAGCGAAUCCUGAGUUAGACCCGACCAGCACUGCGGCAAGCAAUAGCAAGGGCGAGAAGAAGAAGAAGAAGACAAAGAAGAAGAAGAAGAGCAAAGCUGUGUUCAACGAGUUGGAGAAUGAUGCGGACGAGGAUGACGAGGUUCGACAGAAAAACCUAACUACACAGGCGCUACGGAAACUGUCAUCGUUCAAGAUGAAUGCGAGUUCCAAUUUGCGGUUGAGCAACGAGAACAAAGCGAAGGGUUCUUCGUCCUCGUCCACGUCCUCUAUGUCCUCGUUGUCAUCGUCCAAACCGGAAAACAUCGCCGACAAACUUACCACGACGAAUUCCAGUUCCAUGACGCAAUUAAGGUUCGGCAACACGAACGUCAUCAUCGACUCGGUGAACCACGCGGCUGCUGCGAGGCCACCGCACCAACAGAUGCUAAGGAAGCCCUCGCUGGACUUCUUACCGCAGCCUACUUCGAGCGCAAAUCUGAAUUUCAACUCCAACAAGCACACGUCAAAUGUGAGACAGAUCAACAACCCCAAGAAGCCGCUGUACAUUCCCGCCGUGCUCAGGAAAGUCUCAGAGACGAACAUAACCAACGAUGACCUGUUGAAUGCAACGAUGUCCUCUUACUACAAGAAGAACUUUAACUUGGAACACAGCCUCAAUCCGAGUGCAGGACAAUCCGCUGGUGCCCAGAACGCAAACAACCUGAGAAUCAUAUCCUCUCAAUCCAGCGUUCAAUCAAACACGUCGUCCAUCUUGGAAAGCUACAAAAACAAAAUAUCUUCGUAUUUGUUCCCGAACUCCAUCCCGAAUAACGACAGAAUCAACUUGAUACCAACCAUCUCGAACAGAAACUCCACCAGGGUCAACCCGCCCACCAAGGACCACUGGAUUGCCGACAGCAAAAGAAACUCGUGUCGCUACUGCCACAAACCUUUCACGCUAUGGGAGAGGAAGCAUCAUUGCAGACACUGCGGAGAUAUCUUUUGUCAGGACCACCUGCGUCACUGGCUGUACCUGGAUUCGCAGGCAAACUUUAUCAUGAUCAAGGAACUGAACAACGGCGGCGUCAACGGCGGCGGCACGCUGUGCAAGAUAUGCGACGACUGCCUAGUCGAGUACGAGAACCUAUCAACCUCGAGUCAUAAUUCCAACACGAACGAGAAUAACGGCAACAGCGAGGGCGGUGACGGCAACGACGGCAACGACGACGACGAUAAGAAAAAGAAACUCCGCAAUUACUACAAGAAUAGGCAGAUGAACAACCUUUUCGGGCCGAGGAAGGGCGGUCCACCUCAGGAGCACGCUGCAGCCGACCAAGACACGAUAACUCCCAUCCAGGUGAGAUCGAACGAGGACGACCCAGAAAACGAGAGCGCUGGGAAGGAGCAAGAGGAAGGUAACGAUGUUCUGGGCAGCGUGAUCGGCUCUGUGCCCGCAAACUGGAACUGGAGUAGUUUCUGA